AUGCGGGCUGCUGCGCCGCCCCACGGGCAUGUGCCGUCCGCGCCUUUGGGUCCCUUCUCGGGUCCGCACGGCGGCGGCGGGGAAUGCGUGCGCUCCGUCGCCCGGGAGGCGUGCGAGGCGCCCCGCAGUUUCCAUCCCACGGCUCCGCAGGAGGGCGGCAGUUCGAAACAAGCCACAGGCAGCCCAAGUGGCGGCAACAGCCUCCGUGCAUUUCGGCCGCUGCGCUUCAAGGCGGCGCAGAAGUCGCGGAAAUCCCUAAACCCGCCCCGGCAAGAGGCGCAGCGCGGGUCAUGCCCGCACGGGGGGGGCGGUCUAGCCUGCGGCGAGUGCACCGCACACGGCAAAACUGCCCCGCCGCCCCCACCGGCAUCCGUUCGCCAGAGCUCAACCCAACCGUGCGGUGUCGCAGUGCCGUGCUUUUGCCCACCCAACACACAAAGGAAGGCAAAACUCAAGACAUAA